AUGUCAUCAGGGGCAGCGUCCGAUACACUGCAUGGCCCGGAUGGUUUCGUGGAGAAAGGGCGGGAGGUCGAGGUCGGCGUUGAUCUCCAGCCGAGUCAGACGGGCGAUGUCGGCGUCGCAGAUGGCGAAAGGGCGGUUGAGAAUGCCUCUGAGGUGUUCGGCUCAUCGCUAAAGAAUUGGCAUCUUCUCGUUGAGUAGGAUACUGCCGUGGGCGCUGAGAAGAGGAGCAAUUGCUUUGGCUGGCGGACCGUAGACAGCCUGCAUUCGUCCAUUCAGCUUAUUCCAUUCUUUGCCAUCCGCGUACCCUUGGAUUUCUUCGGCUUUGCUAGCCGUCCAGCUAGCCGUCCAGCUAUCCUGCAUCACCCACAGCCGCUAAUGCACGAGGCGGAGACCACGGCAGAAGGUCGCUUUGUUGUUGUCGGUAAGGUGGUUGACAUAGGUUUUGUUCAGGCAGUUCUUCCGGACGAGAAGUUUGUUGGUGACAUCAUCGCUAUGGUCGAACCAGUCCUGAUGCUAGCGAUGUGUGCGGCCGAGAAUAGCCAUGGCAGUCUACUUAACCAUGUUCAUCAGUUGACACCAUUGGUUCGCCAAGGAAGCGUUCUCGUCCACAGCUCUGGCGACUACUGGAAGGUUGGCUAACAGUUAAGCCAGCUCAUUGCUAAAAUGGAGAUGGUGAGCAUGAAAAGAACUAAGCAGCAUUCAGGUUAGUAGAGGGUCGAUUACCUUGAGGUCUCCUGCAUGACUGUAGGCUGAUUUUCAUCUUGGAGGUGACGAGGCGAUGGUAGGUCUAUUCACUGGCGCCUGGGAUUGCCCAUGUCACCAGCACACCCUGCUGAUCUCGCUUCAGGACGAGGGCAUAGUCUAGCAGGUGCCAGUGUCAUGACCGAUGGUGCAUCCAUGUCGACUUCUUUCGCAUCGGGAGGCUGAAUAAGGUGUUGAUCAGGAUGAGACGGUGUUCUAUGAAGGUCCGGAAGGGAGCAGAUCAUUGUUAUUGGGCCGGGGAGACCAUGGGGAACCAGAACUCCUCUCCAGGUAUCAUGAUCUGUGCCGACGCGAGCGCUGAAGUCACCAAGGACAAUCAACUUAUCCGCCUUUUUCAAAUAUGCCAGAAGGAUGAGCAAGUUCUCAUAGAAUUUUUUUGCCGCAUCAGGGCUGGUCAUCAGCAGGGAGGGGGGCGGUAUAAAUGCUGACGAUGGUGGCGAAUUUUCCCUUCCGGAGAGGCAGGCGGAGACUCAUCAGGCAAUCACUAGUGCCCUGCAGCAGACAGACGAUGUCGCUCCGGGUGACAAAGAUGACACCCGCUCCCCUUUGUCCUGCCCUGAGACGACCGCUCCAGAAGGUGUAGCCGGCACCCACAUCCUCAUUUUGCCUUGUUCGGAGAAUCGGGUCGCGCUGACUGUAGAGAUGUCCAACAGGUGGCGUCCAAUUUCCCAAGCGACUGGCGCCGACCUUCUUCCCAUUCGGCUGCCCCUGGGAUAACCUAAAUAGAGACGGUCAUUCCAGGUCACCAGAAUGAACCGACCCACCCAAGAUGCCUGUGGGGUGAAGCAUCGCGGAUGGGACCCCGACGGGUCUUUAAUAAAAAUAAUUUAAUUAACUUAAAUUAAAUUAGAGAGAGGAGUUAGAGAAAGUGAUGGACUUUGUCUUGUGUUUUGGCCUCUAUCAUAUGUUCAGCAGUCUGCAAGCCACGGUCUAAGGGCAGACCUCGUGAACCCAGUUUCUUUUAGGGCACCUUUUAUGGUCCCCUCAUCCUCGCGUGGAAGCAUUGUUUUUCCUUAGUAGGGCUGGCUUGUCGCACCAGACGGACAUCGCUCUCUACUAUUGGCCGCGGGGUUUAGUGAGAGAACGAAUAAUGAACUAAACCACAUACCUUAUUGCAUGUUGCUGUCGCCGUAGGACGUUCGACCGUGGGGUAGAAAGAAGAGUAGGGAGAAGAGAGAAUGAAGGGCGUAGGAGGACGGAGAAGAAGUCCGGAAGAAGUAAAGGCGGAACUUCCAGCAACUGUAUCAGUAGCUAGCUGAGCGCUGAAAUGCAAAGGUGAGCAGACAGAGAAAAUAAACCAACGUUCAGCUUACCUUGGGGUCACUUAUCUUGUGACCUCUUGCGAGGUUGUUGACGAAACAUCAUCUUGGAGAUGGCAAUGCGACGAUCCGUGCGGUCAGCGGUGGUGGGAGGAGAGCGGGAUUACCGUGUUUGGAGAUACACACACGAGUUAACGCUCCAAAUACAUACCUCAAGUUUUCAUAGAUUAAGUGGUCGUUCAUUAUUAGGUCAGUGUUUUGGUGGCUGUAUCUUGUUAGGAUAGCGUACUUCUGUCUGUCCAUAUUCAACAUCUGACUAAAAUGGUACUCAUCUUCGUAAUAGAUGCUAUAAAAGGACGCCAUAUUCGGCGUUGACAGAGGGAAAUUUAAGGUGCAUUUGAAUGAACUAUGGUUCUAACCAACAGAGUAUAGACCGGCCAAUGACCUUUUCGACUGCUGCAGUCUUAAGGGAUGUCCGAUAACACACCUUUUUAAUAAUGACCAAUUAGUCAAAUACGCCAGUUUCUGGGCUAACACUGAGCUCACAUAUUUGAAACCGUUUGUUUUGAUUCUAGUAAAUCUAAAAAUCGGAUUUUGAUAAAUUCACAUUUAAGCGAACACAGUGAAUGUACAGCGUACUCAUGCGCGCCCCAACAUGGACUAAAAAUUGUUUGAAUCGGCUGUAGCUUUGGCUUCUAAGUUUGAUCCUGAAGUGUGGGCCAAUGCUGCUGGCCUGUCGAUUGCCUCUUUCCCUCCUAACUCGCAUCAACCCCACGCUAUCCAUCAACAUUUCUCUCACCGGUCGGUUUUACUCGCAAUGAUUCCUUUUUUUCUCAGUUUCUCACACGAUUGCUCCUCCUACCUCUUCGUCAUCAAAACUGCAGUCUUCGGUCGACCCUCUUCACAAGUAUCAGCUUUUCAUGCCGUUACUGUUAGCUGUUCUGACAUACUGAACUGUUUCCACGGUUACUACUGCAACUCUAUGUCGUGUUUGAUUCUUUUUUAAUCAUAUUUUCAUGAGUGCGUUAAAGUGCUUAAAAAUUAACCUUGUUAACAAGGUUAAUUUUACCGACUUACCAAAUGUCAAUUUUGACAUUUGGUAAGUUGAGUUUGCCCUCAGAUGUGUCCUGCGCAACUGAGUGGGCAAUUUUCCAAGCAUAUUCUCUCGCCAAAGUGUGCCCACUACAGACCAAUUUUGCUUAAUUUGCUGUUUAGUACCCUAAACACUACCGUUUGCUCAUAUCCUGUGAAUUCCCUGGUUCACAGCAUUAUUUGAGGUAGUUUCCAGCAAACGUUAACCAGAAGUCUUAUGUAUACUUAUGCAUGUAUGGAUAUCCGUAGAGCCUUGCAAUGCGUUACCACUUGCGUGUCACGAUUUUUUUCCAUUUUCUACCCUUGCACUAACACUUUCCACCAAACAAUGAUAUUUAUUUUUGACAUUGGGGUACAUGUUUCGCACUCUGGGGCGCGAAGGAUGUGGGUGUGAUUACAUUAUAAUCCUUCUUCCUUGUGAAACGAAAAAAUAUGGAGUGCUUCCUGUCUCGUGCACUUUAUUUUGAACAUGUGCGCGUCACUACGAUUCCAAAUAUACAGCAAAUAGCUCCCAAUUCAGACAACCUUGCAUAUCCGGGCAUAAAAGUACUUACGCUUAUAUGCUCUCUUUGUCGACGCUUUAUUUGUCCAAGUCCAAAUAUAAAUCUUCUAUUAGUCUUAGUACUAAUAGUGGUGCUGUUGAUUGCAUUCUUUCUUCUGCUCUAUGCACAGUAUGCUCCCCGAUAUUUCUGGAGUAAAGACAAUGCACACAAGUUUGCAAGAUGAAUGUUUACAAAACAUGCUUGAUAACCGGGGUAUUCUGCAUGGAUGCCAUAGUAUUCAUCAAAGUCCGUUCUACGGACGAAAAUCGCGAGAAAAAGUGCAGUCAUGUGUUUUUUACGAUUAGUUGCACCUUGCAAACAAUGCUUCCCGAGGGAACUUAAAUUUCUGAACCAAAAUUCAACUGUUGGACAUGCAUUCUUUAAAACAUGACUGUCCGUCGUUAAUUUUGAUGACCACCUCCCAAAGUACUUGUACUUGGUACGGCUGCCAUCAUGUCUGACCUAGGCGUCCUCGAUGAUGUCACGGACUGUACCUCUCUACGCGUGAAGAUCCGUGGUAACAGGUCCGAACAACUCAACCCAUUCCCUUCGCCAACGACGGAGACCAAAUAACGAAGGUCUGAGAACCGCCUCCAUGUCUUGACGGACUGUGUGGAGGCAGAUAUUGAGCCGACCCUCUCUUCGACGCCUCCAAGUAAGUAAGGGCGCCGGGCCGAGGGCAGUAACACAGAGCCCGUGAGACAGACGACGAGGAACGUGUCUAAACCACUUUAGUCGUUUUCCCUAAAUGGCACGAGAUAUCCUCGCGGUGUAGUCGCAGCCAGCGUGAGUUGUGUCAUUUGAUACGAGGUCGGUGUUUUUCACUCAGAGGAUGGUCCUCAAACAGUGGCAGUUGAAUACCUUCAGGUUUUGUUCAUCCUCCACGCGCACAACUGUAGAGAAGGACUUACUGGAGGGCCUACGGUACACGCAAAUCUUCGUGGCUCCGGAGGUUUCGCGGCGGGUCCAUAGACACCAUCUGUGUCUCGAAGAUAUCCUGUGAGCAGCGUCGAUUCGGGAGACAGUGUCGUUCUUUUUCUGUCCAUUUAGCACCAGCCUUCCCCUGAGGUAUUUGAAACUGUUUCUUUGAGUCAACAGCCAUUAAUCUCGAGAGUUGCUUUCUCCUGGUGAGAGAUGCAACUGGGAUACUUUUUGGUCUUCCCAGCGUUUAUGGAUAAACCGACGGGUUUAGCGACCUUAUUCAACUGCGACACCACAGACUGUGUAGGGCGUUCCCGAGAAUGUAGUCAAUAGCAACGGUAUACAAACAUUUCAAAUGUCAGACGGAAUACCGAAAGGCUGGGAGGGAAUUGAUAUGGACCAGAACUCGCCUGAUAGUGGAGCAGCAGUAGGCCUUGAUCAUGGCAAUGAUGUUGGCUAACACGUUUAGUUCCAUUAUUCGCACACGGACUCGCGAUGGGCGGAAUCGUACGUAGCGGCAGUCAACAAAGCAGUCGGCCGUGUGUUGUAUGACGGAAUUUGAGAAUACGCCAUAGUGUGGAUGUAUGGUCGGCACACCCAUGCCCAGCUCGGAAGCCGGCUUGGUUGGACCUCUUUCUAGAGUUACGUACAGCCUGGAAUCGGCUAAAAAAAGACAACAACGAAGACCUUCGCAGCGAGGUCGACAAGGCUUAUUCCGCGGUACUUCUCGCAUCUUGUCUCGUCACUCCUUUUGAAGACAGGUAUAAUGAGACUCGAGCCCCAUUCCUCAGGAACGACGUCAUCUCUCCGCGCUUGUUCAGUCAUCUCAUCGAGACAGUACGCUAGAAUGUCGACACAUGACUUAUAGAUUUCAGUGGCAAUACCGUCCUAUCCGUAUGCCUUGUUGUUGCGUAGCCUUUGUAUUGCAUCAGCGACUUCCUCUUCAGGUGGGUCGCAUGACACUGCCUAGGUAAAAAGGGGUGCAAAUCCGCUGCAGAGUACGAGGGCAUCAAAAUUGAUGUGCUCAAAAUGCUCACGACAUCGGUCGAUCUUGGUUGAGUUAUCAGCAAUAAAGCCGCCACUUGCAUUGCGAAUACAGUUGCCCGAUGUCGAGGGCCUACAACUAACUUGGCGGAUAAUUUUUUCAGAGUUUUCGAGUGUCACCAGCGCUUGAGUUCUGCCCAUGGAGGUGGUCGUUUCAGCAUAAUACUUCUUCCGGUCAUUCCUAGCCGAUUUUGCCGCCAUUUUCGGAGUUGAAGGAAUGGAUCAUUGUUACUGAACGCGGCUCGAGUCGUCACGCGACUGCCCAGCUGAAUUUUUCUCAUAGUCUAUUUGGGUGCGGGAGGUGGGCUUUGCUCGUCUCAACGACCCCUUUUCUUGACCUUUUGCUCAGUUUCAUCUUGGGCUUGCCCGAGCCUACUAAAUCAUUUGUUUACAUGGCCCGCUAAAACGGACAAGGGAGCGUAAGUUAACUGAGAUUGAUGAAGAUUAGAGAAGUGGGUACCCCCGCUAGACUUUAACCGAUACCUUGACAUUGUCAAUAACAAUUUUGUAGAGUCCGUAGAAAUCUUACAACGUUCUCAAUUUUAGCUGCUAAAUCUGCCUUAGUUAUUUUUGUCGCGUAAUGUUUAUAGUAAUGAGGUAAUGGGCCUUUGCAUUUUCACGCUUAACCUUGUCUUAGUGACGUUAAUGUCGGAAUUGCAGCGGUCAUUAGGGAGAACUUGAGGGAUGAAAGCCGCCUACAAACUACUGUUUUCAUGUGCUUAGCCAAAAACUAUGGAAUAUUAGGUGUUUGUGAAUAUUUUUGAAAACGAGUACGUCCAGGGUGGUCCACCGACGAACUUUAUGGACGAAAGUGAUGACUUCUAGUUUGUUUGCCAGCAGCACCGCAGUCUCGCGCCGGUAAAGUUGUUGUUUUUGCCUCCGGUCAAUGGGUUUGCUGUGAAUUGGGGUCUUUUCAUCUGCUUUAGUCACCAGUUCUUAAGACUGUGGGGCUGCUUAUGCACGCCAGUUUGGACGUUUAGACGGCCGUACCUAGUUCGAUAGCAGAGGUAGAAGCCCAUAGCUCUCACAUUCAGCUCCCCGCAUGCUAUUUAUCCUCUGCGACUGGGUAUUACUGAUCCACGUUACAGUGAUUCUCGCCGACCUGGCGUGAUUGUAUCUGUUUGCGCCUCCCUGCAGGACUUUCAGAGUUGGAUUUUUACCAAUCCCGACGUCAGCUUGCCAACUUCGUCUUUGUUGGUAUUGACGCUAGGUCCCAGCUCUGAUGCCACGAUAAAUAAAUGUGUUUUUGAUGCUGGCUUGUGCGGCUUUCACAGAAGUUCUAGGGUUCAUUCGUCACCCUCAUUGACUUCCAUGAAGAACGGAUUCCUGCUGUGGAUGCGGACUUUAAUACCUAGUAUCUCUGAGAAAUUCAUCAAACCUUUUGAUAAUUGCAACAUUUUCUACUACAUGCUCCAGCUUCAUACUUAGGAAAUUGUUUGUUAUCGUUCCUCGACGAAGUUAUUUUGUGAUCAUAUUCUUACAGCGUUCAGUCCUUUCAGUUUGCUUCUUCCGUACCCCCUUUUGGUAGUUUAUAUUCACGAAAUUAAUCAGGAAACGGCGUGUCUUUCGACCUAUAUGACCAUUGAUCAAUCAGUGGUUUCUAACGCGUUAGCGAACUGUCGCAUUAAUAAAUCAUAUGUGGCCAGCUGUACCUUAGCCGGUGUGACUUAGCUAGUUGGGCAGCCCUGAAACCCUUUUCAUUAGAAUUUGACAGUUCCGUCUCCAGAGUGAACUUUCAUUAUAAUGUUUUUUUUCCAUGUGAGGCUGUUUAUGGAAGAUGUGCCCUUGAAUGACAAUUAAUCGAUCCUAUGACUAUGUCUUGCUCCCUCCACUUAUUUUACCUCCCGAGAAUAUGCUUUGCCUUUUGAGCCUUGUUGCACUACCUUUUCACGCAUAAUGUUACCUCCGUCAUCGGCCCCUCGUUUCUUCUGACUGUUUUCUGCCAUCCUACAUGUCGCCGUUUACUAAGGUCUCAACAUCAGGUCAAUGGGACUUAGAUUUAUUUGUCCUAACACUUUUUGUGCUACGAGAUGGUCGAGUUAGCGACUUAAAGCGUCAUCAAACAUUAAAAUGCGGGUUUACUAUUGAUUUCACCAAUACGCCAUGUCUAACGUACUUUUAACCCGUAAUUAUUUAUCCGCAUAAUUAUUCUCCGUCGGGGCGUAGAAUCGGUUAUCAUGAUGCCCUUGGUGGUAAUGAGGAAGACUGUGGUUUUUUCAAAGUGACUUUCAGAGAGCUUAACCGAGCAGUAUAAUCUGGAUCUUAAACUCAACCACAACAGGGCGCUUUGAGACUCCAAUGAGUAUGAGCUGUCGUCCGCUGAUGUUUUUCUCUAUUUGAUUGGACCAUUGUAGUGGGAAUUUCACCCAACGUCAUCCGGAUUACUAGGCUAGGAGUGCUUAAAUGUGCUCUUUCGCUGGCCUUGAGUCUGUUGCAGAUCCUACCUCCACAGGCUAUUCCAGAGGGUAAGAAGGGCCGAUUAAUCUGUCUCUUCCUUUCGGCCUCUACAUUUUCCGGACGGACUGACUGUGUGAUGCAGACCACAAAUCUCAGCCAGAAAUAGCCAUUGGACUCAUUCUUACGAACACUUCUCACUGGUUUCUUUUGGUUCUUGCCGUGUGCCCCGUGGCGUCCUCAACCGCCCCUCCACCAUCUCCGACGCCCACUGAGAGCCAGGCUGAAACGGUCCCUUCUUAACGUGACCUACGACAUCCUUACGCAUGUGUGAUGUACGCCGUUCAACCCCUGCUGUGUGGAAUCCUAGUGCUUGUGUUUGGGGGGGGGGCAGGUCGUGCAUGUGGCGCACGCAGACAAGGUCACCAUAUACGUCAGCCAUCGCACCCAUUUCCCGCACCUGUCAAUCGACCGACUCGGACAGUGACUUGGGCCUAGGAAUGGGAAGGGGAGGGAGGUCGACAACUCAGUGCAUUCCCCUCAUUAUAAGCAAUCUGACGCGCUCGAAGCUAUCGCGGUGCGCCAAAAACCGUGGCUUGGAAGGUUGCCAACUGACGGGAUAACUUGGACCUCGCAGUCGGCACAGUGUUGUGUGUUUGUGUGGGGCGGUCGACUGGUGGUCUAAGAGUCAGGCUGCAAUGACCCCUUCUUAAUGUGACCCUUAUAGCACUCCCUCUCCGUGGGAUCCGAGUCAGGUGUGACAGCACGCCUAGGUGCGGCUUCUGCCGCGCCAGCCACCCUUUUGUUGUUGGUCAAAAAGCCGGUCAUUUGCUUUGUGGACCAGGAGGUGUGGAGUGGAGCGCCAAGGUGGGGGCUCGGCCGUGCCAUCCGCCUGCGCCCUCCCCCGCCUCCAGUCUUCUUGACUCUGUCUUGACAACGGGCCCAGGUGAGGGAGGAGAGUGCUGUAGAUGCAGCGCACUUCUACAUUCACUAUAAACUGAUUCACGCGCAAAUCACCGUCCUUUCUCCACACUUCUGUGGAGCACAUGAUGAGCAUCGUCGGCACAGACGGUCGAACUGUCGUGUUUGUGUGUGUGCGUAACGAAAUGUGUGCACGUGAACGCUAAAAGUCGGGUCAGAACGUGUAAAUGGGGAAUACAGUAGUUGUGCUAACUCAUGAAAUGUCAACCAAAAUUUCGAAAUGCGUUCUCGUUUCGAAAAGAUAAAUUAAGUAGUGUUGUAAAACUAAGCAUGAUGCAGCAUAUAUCUAUCAUGAUCCAGUUACCUCAGGGUUUCGGCUUUUGAAAGAACUUAUUUUCGGUUGCAUGCAAGAUCUAUACUUUGCAAAAAAUGACUACUUAAGUAGCAUGCAAUUUUUUCAUUGAUUUUCGAUGCCCUUGAAAAUUCAAUUAUAUUUCAUGGAAAACAUGCAUGAAAAUAUUCAUUCUUUUACUUAUUCGGUAGAAAAUCACGUCUUCUUCCACUUUUAUACUCACAAGAAGAGUAUAAUUCGGUUUUAAAAAAGUUUCUAAUUGUGAGACUUUUUAAUACCGUUAAAUGGCCGUUCAUGAAACGUCAUGUAUCUGCAUUUACGAAUGUGGCUUGUAAAGUUAGCAAUAUUGCAUGCAUUUCUCUACGGUGUUAAAAAGAGACCAUAUAAGGUUCAUAAAAUUAAGCAGUCGAUUUGAGCCAUAUUGUUAACUUUACAAGCCACAUUCGUAAAUGCAGAUACAUGACGUUUCAUGAACGGCCAUUUAACGGUAUUAAAAAGUCUCACAAUUAGAAACUUUUUUAAAACCGAAUUAUACUCUUCUUGUGAGUAUAAAAGUGGAAGAAGACGUGAUUUUCUACCGAAUAAGUAAAAGAAUGAAUAUUUUCAUGCAUGUUUUCCAUGAAAUAUAAUUGAAUUUUCAAGGGCAUCGAAAAUCAAUGAAAAAAUUGCAUGCUACUUAAGUAGUCAUUUUUUGCAAAGUAUAGAUCUUGCAUGCAACCGAAAAUAAGUUCUUUCAAAAGCCGAAACCCUGAGGUAACUGGAUCAUGAUAGAUAUAUGCUGCAUCAUGCUUAGUUUUACAACACUACUUAAUUUAUCAUUUCGAAACGAGAACGCAUUUCGAAAUUUUGGUUGACAUUUCAUGAGUUAGCACAACUACUGUAAUAGUAAUUUUUAUUUUAAUGUAUGUCCUUUUGUUAGACAUAAAUGGUUUAACUCACCAAUUUAAGACCUCGGUUGGGGCCUCCUGACUCAGGGGGCUAGAGCACGAGUUGUACUAGUUUUUUUGUUGAUGUCACGCGCUGGUAUCCCGCCGAGGUCGCCUAGCUUCUUACAAUUGGUUGCUUCUGUUUUUAUUUUGGCGCCAGUUAAUGAGUAACACCAAGACUGACUUCGAACUCUGACCUUGUUGGCCAGGAUGACGCCAUAUGGGCUAUAUAUGCCAUUAUAUUUUCGUCCAUCACUUUCCAUUCUUUACGAAUGUUAUUUCAGGCCUUCUCUUGUUUUUCCCUCUUUUCAGUGUAA